AUGGGAAGAAUUUUCCUGGAGCACCUCGGAGGACAGAGGUUGUUCUCAUGUAUUGGGUGCGACACAGUGUUGACGAAUCGAAGUGAAUUGGUCAGCACUCGGUUCACUGGAGCAACUGGGAGAGCUUUUCUCUUCAACAAGGUCGUCAACCUGACCUACAGCGAGGUGCAGGACAGAGUGAUGUUAACCGGUCGUCACAUGGUGCGUGACGUGUCGUGCAAGAAAUGCGACACCAAGCUUGGUUGGGUUUAUGAAUUUGCCACCGAAGAAACACAGCGUUACAAGGAAGGGCGCGUGAUUUUGGAACGGGCUCUCGUCACUGAAACCGAUGGAAUUGUGGAGCAUGCCGUCAAGGACUGAAAAUUCCUUGAAUUUGGAACUUUUUGAAAGUGUUUGAAAUAUCUUGCUUUGUAAUAACCUUGCGUGAGACUCCUGGCCCACGUCCACAUCCUUUUUAGGGUCACAUCUGAGGAAUGAAUUCCGAUUCAACACGAUUUCUGCCGAAUCGCUUUGUUAUUGGAAAAAAGUUGCUAGUUUUUUUUUCAACUCUUCAGUAAAGCAACAUGGUCGAGGAACCGAAAUAAUUUUUAUUCCAGUCCGAAAUUCCCUGUUAAUUUAAUCUUUGAGUAGAGUUCAUUUGGUUAUAACAUUUUCGCAAUAUCCAAAUAAUUGGCUAAGCUUUCAGUCCAUCCAUGUUUUUGAAUAAAAAUGUAGCGAAUUCUUCCGAGUUCCUCUUACGUUUUGAAGAUUAUAGGAGCGUUUGUUUGGUGAAUUCUACAGAAAUAUGAUUCACAUUUUUCUAUUAAAACAGUGGGGCGAUUAAAGUGUCGCUGGGGUUUCCUGUUUUUAUGUAUAUGUGGAUGCUUCGUCUUGCGCUUGAGCACCAUGUUCACAGCGGUCGUGAUUUUUUAUAGCGGGAAUGCGUGUUUCGUGAUGGCCGAUGUUUAUUUUCCUCGAUCGGCGAAAGUACUGGACAAUUUUUUCCUAUAAGUUUCAUUCUGUCGUCGCUUACAGGAUGUAGUUUUGUGAUGGGGAUAUAUGCUGGACGGUUUUUUUUCUUUGGCUCAACACUUUCGUUGAGAAUCGGCGUAAUUUGUACAUCUCCUAUGAAAAAGUCAUAAUCGGAAAUUUUGCUUUUAUGGAUUGCGUGUAAAUGAUAGAGGUGCUGUUGUCGAGAGGGAGAGGAAGAGAUUCGCACUCUGAUUAAUUCCUGUCGCGUGAUCCAGGCACUCGCUGGUACGAUCUGAAACAGCGACGUCGAACGGUCCGCGAUAUGGCUUUUGUGAAGCGAGGGUCUUUAUGGUCAGGAAGUCUAUCUUGUGUGUACCAUUUUUUAUCGUACCUUGAAGGACAUAUUUGAGAAAUGAAGGGGACACUAGUGAGGAAAUUUCACGGAACAA